CGGACUUGGACGGUCAAAGCCCAGAAGGAGGGGAAGCAGGACUGUAAGCUGUUGCUCAGUACGGUGGGUGCCUCCCCGCCGGAAGGGUGGUCGGAUGCAGCCGGGAGGGACUUGGACAGCUGCGGAGGGCCAGGGGCCACUCUCUGGUCCCAGAAGGUGGAACAGGGUUUCCCUCCGCUGCCCUCCGGUGACGAGGUGGCCUGUCUCCAACCGCUCUCAGAUUUGCUUGGGGGACAAAGCCAAAGAAGAGAUGAACCUCGUGGAAAUCCUGCCCCCAGCCAGCCAAGAAGACAAGAAGACCAAGCCCAUCACCAUUGCCUCGCUUCAGGCGUCUGUGCUACCCAUGGUCGUCCUGAUGGGACUGGAGCUUUCUCCUCCAGUCACUUUCCAGCUCCGGGCUGGCUCUGGACCUGUGUUCCUCAGUGGCCAGGAACUUUACGACACUGCAGACCUGUCCUGGGAGGAAGAGGAGGAGGAGGAGGAGGAGGAGGAGGAGGAAGGUGACAGCAGUGAGGUUGACGACGACGACGACGUAGAUGUGUCCCUAGAGGAGGAGACCCCUCUUAAACAAGUCAAGAGGCUGGCGUCCCAGAAGCAGACAAGCGUUGCCAAGAAAAAAAAGGUGGAAAAGGAAGAGGAGGCCGUGAGAGACCUUGGCUUCUCUGGGACUCUACCCCUGGGGACUGCCCAUAUCUGCUCCUGAGUUUGGGGGCAGGGGGGCAACCGCCCCA